CGGAGGGGCGUGCACGUUCAGAGUCGGUCUUCUCACACCAGCAGGGACUCUGCACACCCACCGAGAGAAAUUCACCAUGGCCUCAGCACUGAAUUGCACACCCCUUAUGUUGUGUUUUAUUUAUUUUUCGUUACUGUUUGCCAGUGUAUUUUGCGACGCCGAUGCAGAAGAAGAUGAGCAUGCCAAGCACUCAUACACUGUGGAGAUGUUCAACGAGGCGGUGCCCACUGCACCCCACUUUGUCAUGUUUUACGCCCCAUGGUGCGGUCAUUGCCAGAGAUUACAGCCAGCGUGGAAUGAACUGGCAGACAAAUAUAACAGCAUGGACGAGCCCCCAGUCUAUGUGGUAAAAGUUGACUGUGUCCAGGAUACCAAGUUCUGCUCAAAUGUCCACGGAGUUCGGGGCUACCCCACGCUGAAGUUGUUCAAACCAGACCAGGAGGCAGUUAAGUACCAAGGGCCCAGAGAUCUACAGUCUCUGGAGACCUGGAUGCUGAAGACACUCCAGGCUGAGCCUUCAGAACCAGAGAGUGAAUUGGAGCCUCCAAAAGCCCCAGAGCCCAAACAGGGCAUGUAUGAGCUCACUGCUCCCAACUUUAAGGGCCACAUAGCCAAAGGUGCUCAUUUUGUGAAGUUCUUUGCCCCGUGGUGUGGUCACUGCAAAGCCAUGGCUCCAACCUGGGAGCAGCUCGCCACCACCUUCGAGCACUCUGAUGAUGUCAAGAUAGGAAAGGUGGACUGUACACAGCACUAUGAGGUGUGCUCUGAGAACGGCGUAAGGGGAUAUCCCACACUGCUCUUCUUCUACAACGGGCAGAAGACGGAUCAGUACAAAGGAAAAAGAGACCUGGACUCCUUCAAAGACUUUGUGGACAACCAGCUGAAGGCGGCCGUCGCUCAGGAGCAAGAACAGGAACCAAGUGAGGACCAAAAAGCAAACGAGAUCCCCACAGAUGAGCCAGCCAAAGAGGAGGUUAAGUCCUCUGUGUUGGACCUUACAGAAGACAACUUUGACGAGACUGUGGCCAAGGGCUUCACCUUCAUCAAAUUCUUCGCUCCAUGGUGUGGCCACUGUAAGAACCUCGCUCCAACAUGGGAGGAUCUUUCCAAGAAGGAGUUUUCAGGUCUCACGGACGUCAAGAUAGCCAAAGUGGACUGCACUGUUGAGCGCACACUCUGCAACAAGUACUCCGUACGAGGUUACCCCACAUUGAUCAUGUUCAGGGCUGGUGAGCAGGGUGACGAGCAUCACGGCGGCCGGGACCUGGAGAGCCUGCACAGCUUUGUGAUGAGGCAGGCGAGAGACGAGCUGUAGAAACAGCCGGCACUCCCCUCUCCACCAAUCUGCUCGUCCACACUGCAUAUCUGGCCAGUAGGACACCACUCUCUCUCUCCUACAGUAGCCCAACCUCUCUCUAUCUUUCUCUCCACUCGGGUUCUCUUCAGAAAGGAGUCGGCCAAUGACGGACUGCAGUCUGUCCUUCCUCCUGUGUUCACCGACAGAAUGAUUCAGUAGAGUGUUUGGGAUGUGAAUGUGUUUCUCAUUGCCGCUGCCCAACCUGAAAUCUCCUAAUAUGGAGAAUAUUAUGGUUGGGUCUGCAAAUGAAGUAAUAUGUCUGACAACCACUUUGCAAGCACUGCUCAAUCAAUCAGAACCACAAAUUCCUCGCACAGAUAAAAUGUCUUUUAUAAAAUGGAAGCACUAUAGGACAGAUGUUCCAGUUUCUGCCUGUAAAAAAAAAAAAAAAUCGUUUCUGAUGAACUUCUGUAGCCAUUUGACUUUUUUUAAAUGCUAAAUUUUAUACAUGGGAUCUGUUGGUAAAUCACAAGCCAUCACUGUUACGGUACUGUCAGUCAAAAGUUUGUGUCACCCGAAUGUGAAGGUGAGUGUUAAGUUGAGGGUCCUUUCUAUCCAUGCCAGUGAUGGCCUAUCUGACUUAACUCUCAGGGAAACGCCCCGCACACUAGAAGAAGUUGCGAUGGAGGCCAUCGUUGUUAUCACAGGUGUCAUCAUUUUUAAUUAAAUUGGCUUGGUAAUCUAAAUAUCUCACCAAUAUUUUCUGACUCCUGGGAUCUUCACUAGCCCUCCGUCUCUACUCCUCCUAGGAUUCAGGAUCUCAGGCCUGGACCAUGUUGCCCCAUAUCUCCAUAACUGAACAUCUUCGACUACUUCCUUUUAAAAUGGCCCUUCAUUUUUUCCCCAAAUGUAGUACAAGAAGCUGUGAAUGUACAGUUAUUAGCCAGGACAUCGUUUAAAGGAUUUGGGAACCAGGAAGUAGAGCAAUAGUAAUAAUGAACUUGAGGUUAGAACUGAAAGGAACAUUAACUGUAGCUCAGGGUCCGGUGGGCUUGCUAGCAUCGUGUCAUCUUUCUGACUAUGAUUGUGAUCCAUUCUUACCUCUGGGAUUGAACCAGCUGCAUCUUGGGUCCAUAUCAUCCGCUUUUCCUGCUCCCAAAUAAUGUUAGUGAUGGUGAUCUAGUUUUAAAGCGCAGCUACACCAGCCACUGUUUUUUUUUUGUAAGUCUCAUUAACCAGUAAAACAACUUUGAAGAUGCAUCAUUCAUUGAUUCUAACCAAAAUAAACCAUGUCUGGUUUCAGACUGUGACCACAAGUCUGAUUAAGUCUGCUGUAUACUGUAUCAAAACCAUAAAGCCAUCUACAAAAGGUUAAUUAGUGUUUGACGGUUCAACAGUCAAAGGCCAAGUAACCUGUCACAGACUGGUUCUAAUUGCAUUUGCAGAUUCUUUUCAGCACACUUGUGUGUGACCUCACCCACCUGUUACGCCAUGCCCAUUACACCGCACAUGCUCUUUGACCCAGGUUAUGUCCUGCACGACAGGGCUCCAUUUAUUGUCUAACCCAGCUCCACAAACAGUCAGAGACAGUUUUUUUGUCAGUAAAAAGUUUUUAUGGAUAGCACAUGGUCAAAAGAACUCCAGUGACAGAAGUAUUUUUUCCUUGUGAGUCAUGGGUUGUGCACUACCCAUGGAUUUUGUACAAAAAAAGUGAAUAAUGGCAAGUUGUAACAUGAGAUUUCAUAAUAAAAGAUUUUUCAAAAAUAA